UUGUCCAACGGUUCUGGAGUUUGUAGAUCAGCUGUCCAUACGUUGUAGCACUGAACCAACACAUCAUCCCUGUAAGUGGGCCCCCUUGGGCAACAUAAAUAUCAGAAUUAUUGUUAGGACUAUGCAGGAGCGGAGAAUGAGCCGCAUGGUUUCGAGAGGACUCAUCGCACGCGGAAUGAUUCCGAUAUGUUCUCUUCCUCAAACUAUUCACAGCCGACGAGACAUAUCGCGGCGGUGGUGGCUGCAAUUUGUACUUAACCAUUGCUCCAUAUUGAAGCGAUAAUGCCCCGGGAUGUUAUAUGAGGAUCAUGAGGGCAUCUUGGUACGCAGAGGAGGAGGGUAAG